AUAAGAUAAGAAGAUAAAUGUAUUCAAAUUUUUUAACAAAGAACGAAUAAAAACUUAAGCCAAAUUUUACGAAAUAUACACAACUGUUUCUUUAUGAAAUGAUUAAGAAUUAUCUUGAUACUCUUAUGAAAUCCCAGUUUCUCGUUCUUACAAAAAAACCACAUAAUCAGAGAGAAUAUUGCCCAUAUAAAUAGAUAGCCCAUUCAUUUAUGUGAAAUUUAGUAGGUCGCAUGCCAUACCUGGGGUCAUUAGCAUUCUUGAUUUUACACUUUUUGCUGGGACCGAGUUCGCGGCCGAAGGUCAAGAACUUGAUUUUCAGUUAUCAGUCGAGAAUGCCACUUUACGGUCGAUUUGUUUUUCUACGGAUGAUGAAACUUUCGGCGUUGGUUUUAUUGCUCAUUUGUGACCAUAAAACAUGGGCUAAAUCGUCGCAGGAGCGGAUCGUAGGUGGUGUGGAACUGCCCAUUCAUCUGUCACCAUGGUUGGCUUCAAUAAGCGUGCAUGGAAACUAUAGUUGCAGCUCGGCCUUGAUUACAUCACAAUGGUUGGUGACGGCGGGACAUUGUGUUUACUAUCCGGAUAGUUAUGUCGUUCGCGCAGGAUCCGUAUCUGCUGAUGAGGGUGGUCAGCAGAGGGAUGUAGCUAGGAUUAUCCUCCAUCCGGAGUUUAAAAUACGGACUUUGGAAAACGACAUUGCCUUGUUAAAGAUCAGAAAAUCCUUCAUUUUGGGAGGAAAUGUUCAACUGGUAAAGCUCCCACUGCCAGGACUUAAUAUCCUUCCCCGUAAUCUUUUGCUUGCUGGUUGGGGUACUGUAAGUGCCAAUGAUAGUGACUCGGCACCAGAACUACGUGGUACUCUGGUGGAGGCCAUAGAUCAAAGACAUUGCCGCCAUCUUUACUCCCAUCUGAAUCGGCGAAUAACUGAUAACAUGCUGUGUGCCGCAGCUCCUGGAAGAGAUCACUGCUUCGGGGAUUCAGGAGCGCCUUUGGUGCAUCGAGGAAGCAGCUACGGGAUUGUAUCCUUUGCCCACGGCUGUGCCGAUCCACAUUUCCCAGGGGUUUACACCAGAUUGGCCAACUAUGUUAACUGGAUCUUCAGUGUGCUGAAAACUGAUAAUAAACAAAAUUUAUUAAGUGACAAGAAGUAGAAUAUUUAAACUAAUAAAGAGCCUUUUUAAAACUUCAGUUUUCUAGUAAAUGUAACGCUUUAAAAUAUGUACGAUUUUGUCCAUCUAAUAAAUAGCUCAGUUUGCCACUCUUUAAAUUACCCUGCUCGGAAGUCAGUUCUUCCUGCAUCUGGUGGAUGCUCAUCGCUCCUGGAAUACUCGAUGCAUUAUACAAUCCGCCAGCGUUUUCCCAGCCAUCUGAGGAGCCGCUCUGGCUUCGUGCUUAACCAAGGCGAUAAACUCGUACCGCCGGUCGACGGUAAAUUUGUGUAAAUUAUGUAUUUGUGCAUUUUGAUUUCAUUUAAACGAAGUUUCCUGAUGGCCCCUGGCGCAUGUCAAAUAUCAAAACCGAAACCAGCCUGCCAGCCACUUGCGCAACAGCCACAUCCAGCAAUCCAUAUCCAUAUCCAGCCCCAUCCCGAAUCCACAUCCACAUCCACAUCCCAAUCCCAGCUGGCCAAAAUAUCACUGCCAUAUGCGGUGGGCGUGCUCCGUUAAUGCUGCACUCUGGCGGCCCCCGAAAUUAACAUAAUCGUGCUGCCGUUGCUGCUGGGAUCGGGAUCGGGUUCGGGGAUUGGGAUUGGGAUUGCCUUUGUCCGAUGUACCCGACAUGAGUGUGAUGCCCCAACAAAGUGUUGAAUGCUGGCGCUGGCUGUCAAGUGGAGGCCCCGGGCAUUGGCACACUCAGUCGCCACCCGCUUAGUUGUGCAAUGGGAGCAUCAAAAGUGGUCUGACUUUUACAUGGAUUUUCUUCGCUUUUUUUUAGUUAAAAUAAAGUUUUAAUAAUAUGAAAAUAUGCUUAAAAUUUGCAUCUUUGCAAGUGUAUGUGUGUAUUUGGGGGGUGUGUUUUUUCAUAUAUAUAAAAGGGUAUCAGCGUUGUGGGGUGUAUACGCUUGCUAGUUAGGCAUGAAAAUCUCUUAAGCAUAAAUUCACACCGAAUCGGAUUUUCUUUUAUGUAUAUGUAUAUUUUGUUAUUAUUAAGUUACGCUUAUACAAUUCGUUACGUAUUCUAGCCUAAAUGUAUACCAUCUUUUUGUUUUGUUUUAGUUUUAGUUUUCGUUUUGCUCUUGUAAUCUUGUUCUUUGUAUAUGUGUUCAAAGGUUUUUGUAAAUUUUAAACUAGUCACUAUAAAAAUGUUCAACAGCAAACUCGUGUAUGCAUUGUGUCUUGAAGGUGGACCAAAAGCGAAUGCACAAACAAACCAACUGUCAACUCGAAAAAAUCGUACAAAUGUGUUUAAAAAUCGAUAGCCAAAAGCCAUUUAUAAUUGUAUUUGGUUUCUGCACCAUGCGCGCACAAUAAAUUUCACAAAAUAAGAACGUAAAAAAUGUACAAUUACAAGCACACAUAAUUUGUUUACCAUUGUUUUUAACAUGAUUUUUUACCAAUGCAAUCUUUAAAGCUAUAUAACAAUUUUUAGUUUUCUUUUCGCUUCUCUCAUUUGGACUCGAUCGGAUUUCUUUUUAUCGGUUGCUUUCUUGGUUUUCGGCUUAACAAGGAUACAACUUUUUUAACAGUAAAUGAUCAACUAAGGAAGUACAUAAUGACUGCCAAUGAGAGAUCCCUAACAUCCACUCAACUUAAAGGUGCAUAACUACCAAUGAUCUUUAAAAACGUUAGAAUUGAGUGUAAAUCGUACGGAGAAUAAUUUCAAAGUCAGUUGAGUGGCGCUGGAGAUGUCUUAUGCUAUCCUAAAGACUGGUUUACAGAUUUAGGUAUUGCAAAUGUGUUUAGACUCAAGUUCUAUUUGAAUGUAAGCUUCCUGCGCGAAAUUCAGGCAGAUUUCUCUACUCAUCUUGGCUGGGUGUCGUUGCUGUUUCUACUCCUUCUCAUUUUCUGUCGCUGGAUCUUGGCUUUCUCUCUCACGUACAUCACAUAUUUUACAGUUUAAUAAUACUUCCUUACACAUAAUUUAUUAAUUAAUUCAUAUUUCUCUCUUUGCAGUUAUGUAGGGCUAAAAUUGGUUGCUUCUGCUGCUAUUGUUGCUAACGCUAUUGGACAGCUCCGUACACCAGCCAGGUAUUAUUUAGUUGACGUUCCCUUAGUUGAUGAUCCCACUGC